CUGAAUCCAUGAGUGUGAAGGGAACAUCUGGCGAUGAAAAUGGCGUUCAUUUAUACAUACAUGUGAUUGAAUAGUUGGUAGUAUAAGGGAACGUUGGGUGAUGUUCAUGGAUGUCGAUUUAUAGAUAUCCAUGAUUGAAUAAUUGGUAGUAUAAGGGAACGUUGGGUGAUGUUCAUGGAUGUCCAUUUAUAGAUAUCUAUGAUUGAAUAAUUGGUAGUACAAGGGAACGUUGGGUGAUGUUCAUGGAUGUCCAUUUAUAGAUAUCCAUGAUUGAAUAAUUGGUAGUAUAAGGGAACGUUGGGUGAUGUUCAUGGAUGUCCAUUUAUAGAUAUCUAUGAUUGAAUAAUUGGUAGUACAAGGGAACGUUGGGUGAUGUUCAUGGAUGUCGAUUUAUAGAUAUCCAUGAUUGAAUAAUUGGUAGUAUAAGGGAACGUUGGGUGAUGUUCACGGAUGUCCAUUUAUAGAUAUCUAUGAUUGAAUAAUUGAGACUCAAAGGGAACGUUAAAUUAUAGUAAUGACGUUCAUUUAUCGAUAUCUAUGAUUGAAAAUUUGGGAAUGAAAGGGAAUAUCAGGUGAUGGUAAUGGUGUUCAUUUAUAGAUAUCUGUAAUUGAUCAUUGUGUGCUAGAGGGAACGUCUGUCAAAUUUUAUUGGACGUUUGUUUAUGCAUAGAUAUCAUUGAAUCAUUGGGCGCUAAAAUAAUAAUUCGUGGAGGCCACUCAGUUUAGUGGGGUUUUUUUUUUAAUCAAAUUGCUCCCCCGCUAUUAACUGGUAUGUUAAAGUCGCUCCUCGAAGCUAUUUUUUGUAAGGUUUCGUUUACAUCACUCUUACAUCCGUAGUUUUUAACUUUAUCCUUAUCAUUAUUGACAAUAAUUUUGUAGGUUUUGUCUAAAGAAAUAUAUUCUAAAUUACGUUUUGAUAAAUGUGUGUUGUGUGGAGCAGUUUUUGUCUUUUGGAGUUCAUCGCAUUGUAUAAAUCGCAAUUUAUCGUUUUGAUGGCAAACUAACACAUUCGGCAAAUCUGCAAGUCCGGCCAUUGUGAUUUUCUAUAAUUUUGAUUGUAAAAAUCCCCACGGGGGGAAUUUGUUGUACAUCUAAAAGACGUAGUUUGUACGAAGACUUGUUAGUCGGGCGACGCAAGACUUGGCAUUCAUUAGAAUCACUGUUCUUUUUCAACACUAUACAGCGUGUUGUUUGCUUAAGUAAGAUAUUUUUCUUGACCUGUAAACGCAAGAGUUCUUCAAUAGGACUUACGAGUUAUCUAGGGAUGGACAUAUUUCGUGUUGUAACGGGAGAUAUGCGAGGCAAUCCAGUAUUAAGACCAGGAAACAAGAAACGAGUGUUAUCCUUCAGCUCUGAAGCCUUCGUCAUUGAAGAGUCAUUUCCGUGCAUUCUUGAUCAUUCAAAUUCGUUUUCAAAUCCAGCAUUUAGUAGGAGCAAGGAUGAUUUGGUAACAUUUUCAUCUCCGUUGGAACGACUCUCUGACGAUAAGGAACCUUGUACGUCCACUGCCUAUGGACAUUUAUCUCCAGAACGUUUCGACAAUUCCUUUCAUUCCGAAUGUUUCAACAGAAAAGGAAAUAGAAUGGAUAAUGGUGGUCAAAUGGGGAUCGACAAUAACAUAGUUGAUACAUCGGAGUCGGACGAACCAGAAACCUUCAAAGCACGAAUGGAAGACGCAAUGUCAGAAAUCGUAGCAGUUGCGAAUUGCUUACCUGCUCAGUUGGAUGAAACAUUCCCUGAGAAAAAGAAGACUUUACAAGAGUUGGCCGAAGAAUGGAGCACUCGUAAAGCUUACAUGAAAACAAAAGAAGAAAACAGAGACGCGGAAAUUGUUGAAGAACAGGAAGAGAACUUAGUACACCAUUCUGUUUACUAUUCUACAUCUUCACCUUACCACGGAAUGUCAGACGAAGAAUACAAGUUUAAAAAAAAGCUAGAAGCUAGGCUACGCUACAGACAGGAAGAAGUGUGUAUUAAAAAGACACCAGAUACUCAACCUUUGAUUAAAUUAUGUCAGAUUGCCUCAAUGUAAUUUUCAAGUAAUCCAGAACAAAGUUCAUAUAGAUUAGUUCGAAAAUAUAGUAUGAAUAAAACACUUUCAUAUAGUGUUAUACAAUAUAACUUUGUAACUUGUUAUGCGUGAAAACAGUCACUUUGAUUGAAAAACUUA